CUGGCCACACUGUGAAUCACAGCGUCGCACAAAGCAGAAAGGCGUACAGACCAGCUCCAUAAACAAUUGGCGUGGUGUGAUCAAUGUUUUCGUUCAUUUUGUGUUCGAUUAUUUAGUGUAACGUUACGAAACUAGUUUAGUUUGCGUUCUAGGCUUAGAAUGAAGCCGAUUCAAGUAUUAGAACUGUUGGUGGUGCUGCUGUACGGCGUGGCUCACGUCUCAGCGCGAUACAAUUACACCAUUCCGAAAAUCCUGCAAGGAUCAUGGUUCUCGUGGGAAACGGGAAGGCCUACCUUGACCGUCCUCGACGAUCACAGCAUGUCCGACAGGGGCGACCUCAUCAACAUGUUGCGCGAAGGUUCCAACUACACGUUCAUUUUCCGCAGCAGAAAGUGCUACCACUGUGUGCACGCGUUCCCCAGGACGUUGAAUAUAUUCGAAAAAUAUGAAUCUGUUUGUGUGACGAUUGGACCAAACGAAGAGCCCACCAUCGAGCGGGUAUGCCGUGGAUCGACCGAUCAGCAGUUAAUAACGCUGUUCAACGAAAACUACGUGCCCGUAAACUGUCGCUCGUCGCUUGAGGGUGUGUGGCAGUUUGCCUAUCAGAAUCGAUUCCGCUUCACUGGAGAGUGUGACCAUCCGGAUGCACGGAUUCACUCCUGCCAGCAGGCCGGCACGCAGUUCUUAAUAUCGAACGAAAAGUUUAACAUCACCUACAAGCAGUGCAUCGGGAUGGCGGAAACUUUCAACGGUGUGGUGGAGUACAGCUGUCUGGGCGAUUGGUUCAUCGGCAAGAAUCACUAUUUCGCCGUGGCCAACACGAAGGAAUCGCGAAAGGACGAAAAAUAUCGAUGCUUUUUGAAGAAUCGUGACGACGAUCUGUACCUGGGCGUGUCGAUCACGGCAGAAUGUAACACGCUGAAGACGGUCGAAAAAUCUCCCGAGCGUCUGCGCAUCACACCCGUCAAGGCGGAUGUCAUCGAGCCGGGGUGCCGAUUCCCGCAAAACUUUACCGGCGAGUGGAUCAAUACCGCCAACAUCGACGGUGAUGUAAAGAUAAACGAAACGCACAUCGUGGAAACGUACAAACCGGAUCAAUCGCGUUACCGCCGCACGAUCUACGUGUGCCGGGAGCAGCGGGACUCGCGCAUCAUGACCGCCCGCCUAACGGUGGACGGUUGUCAGACGGAUUACGUUUGUUUCGACUUCGUCCCGAAGCAUCACAACGUGAUCCGCUACCGCCGGGGGCUGGCCGUGAUUCAGGACGACUUUUCGACCGUGUGCUCGUGGAAGCAGUUCAAGAACGAGGAACAGUGGCGCUACGAUUUGCUGCUCGCGGCCAAACCCGUCCCGAUUCGGUGCCCGGUCGCUGGCAAGUUUAACUUCACGCAGAAGGGCGAGGCGCCGUUCAAGACGCGCAUUCUCGGCGGCGUUACGCUGAGCCCUCGGCCGGACAUUCGCUGCAAGCAAAACAUUUCGGACUUUUCCGUGUGCGACGGCGAUCAGAAGGAGAUGAUGAUCGAUGCGGACUACUGUCUGUCGGUGGACUAUCUCGGCCGGCCGAUCGACAUCUACAGCGAUCCGGAUUACCGCAUGAAGUGUAUCGGCUACUGGCAGGAAAAUCUGAAAUCCUAUCUCAUCACGUACGACGAUCUGGAUCCGCUGUCCAAGUACCGCUGCUGGGUGUACCAGCGGGCGGAUCUGAACCGCGUGCUGAUGUCGCAGGCGGUUGGUGCGUUCUGCGAUAUCAAUCAGGACGUCACCUCGUGGAACUACACCGAAGGUGCGGUAGUGGCGAUCGACAUGACGGAGUACGAGCGCGAGCGGGACCAGUGCCCGAUGCACUUUGACGACGGUGAAAACCCUUGGCAGGAGACGGAAAACUUCAUUACCGUGUUUCCGUGGGUCAUCUAUCGCUCGACGGCGGCACUCAGCAGCACACUCACGUCUUUCCUUAUCUCCCUAGCAGCGGUUUGUUUGAAGGUGUUCUUCUAGAAGCAAUUGAAUCUCUUUGAUAGAAAUUAUUGCGUAUCGUAAAUAUCCGUCCAAAACGUGCGCGUUACGGCGUGCACCAUGUGCCUUCAUUCCAUCCAUAAUUGUAAGCGUAGUGCGACUUGACAAAUAAAGAUUAAAACCGUG